UCCUGUUUGUCGCACUGGGGUUUCGUCUUGGCGGUGUCUCCUCUUCCACGACCAGUCCACUGGAGCAGUCAUGGUGAAGAUCUUCAUCGGGAACCUGUCCCAGCACGCCGGGAAGGACGAGGUGGAGGCUCUGUUCGCCCAGUACGGCACAGUGACCGAGUGUGCCAAGUACAAGAACUAUGCCUUCGUCCACAUGGAGGACCGCAAGUCUGCCACCAAGGCCAUCCGUGAGCUGCAGCUCCACAAGCUGAACGGCAGGCCCAUCAACGUGGAGCUCAGCCGGGGGAAGAACCAGGGGCCGGUGAAACUCCACGUCGCCAACGUCGAGAAGGGCUUCGACGAGGAGCUCCGCACCCUCUUCGAGGAGUACGGCACCGUCACCGAGUCGGCCAUCAUCAAGGACUUCGCCUUCGUGCACAUGUCCGAUUCGGAUGAGGCCAUGGACGCCAUCAAAGGUCUGGAUAACGUCGAAUUUCAAGGAAAGCGCAUUCAUGUUCAGAUCUCGAGGAGCAGACCAAGGGGCCCACCUGAGGAGGAGGCCUAUCCACCUCCGCCAGGCCGAGGAGACUAUUAUCCUCCACGCUACCCGGACAUGGGGCCCGAGCCGCCCUACAGGGGGCGCAUGUCCGCGUACCUUCCUCCGCCUCCGCCGCCCCCUCCCCCGAGACGAGCGCCGUACCCCGACCGCGGCUACGGCGAGCGAGACGACUACGGGGUGGUCGACUACUACGAGAAGUACAGAGCCCGUCCUAUGGGAAUGGAUGACAGGCGUGCCAUCCCCCCUCCUCCGCCUCCUCCCUCGGCGCUGGUCCGGGAACGUCUCGGAAUGGGGUCGUUCGAUCCAUACGAGCGGCGCCCGCCCCCGUAUGCUCCUCCCUCCUACAUGGCCAGAGACCGAAGCCCCAUCAGGAGAGCACCCCCGCCCCCUGCUCCAUCCGCAGGUAACGGGUUCUCCUAUGAGCGGUCCCGGCUCUCUCCGAUGCCCAGAGCGCCGAUGUAUGCAGCUCCCCGUCCCAGGGACUCCUUCAUGGAGAGGCCGCCUCCCCCGCCGCCACCACAACAACAACAACACCAACAACAACAACAACACCAACAACAACAACAACCUCGCUAUAUGGGCUAUUAGGCACCAGAGAGUACAACACAAGGUUUAGAAUAUGACAAGAUCGUCGUUCUCUGCUGAUGCACGUGGCGCUAUGCAUCCCCCUCGUCUACGGCGGAUUGCGUUGCGUUCACCUGCGACUAACUGGAAGAUACUGUAUUGCGGACAGCCCCGUAUUUAAAAACAUACGAUUCCAUGUCCACAGUUCACGUGUUCUUCAGAGCUGUUCAUGCUUUUUUUUUUUGCUUUUUUUUUCUGUUUUUCUGGUUGUUUCACUGUUCAAAUCCUUAAAGUGUUUUUCAGAAUAGCAAGGUGCUUAGUCUACUCCAGUGUGACGCAGUACUGCAAACACUGUUGCCUUUCAAUUUCUCUAAAUGGAUAAGGCCGCUGGGAAACUGUGACAAUUUCUUAAUAAGGGAAGAUUAUUGUAAUCAGACUAACGUAGGUGGUUGAUCACAAAAUUAGUUAAAAAGAAUUUAGCGAAGAAGUGCUUUAAUAUAAUACUUGGUGUGGCAGGCUGUUCAAUAAUCUAAAACAUUUGCGGCACAUGUUAGCAUGACAAAUCAAAAGAUUCAGUGUGUUUUUGUUAUUUUUUUACACUUUGUGUUCAUCUUUUCUGGCGAAAAAUAGAAUCAUAGCACCGUUUUGUAUGAUUUUAUUUACUUUACAAGUUGCUUUUCGUUGGAAGGCUUUUUAAUAAACAACUGAAACCAAAAAUGCCGUUUUAACUGUCAAAUUCUUCCACCUUGGGGCAGGCCGAUAGCAGAGCAGAUGCAUCGAGUGAUACCCACGCGCUGUAACUCCGAACACGCUUUCAGUUUCAUUCUGCACACCUUUGAGUCAUCAGCUUGUCACACGAUUCUCUCUGUCCAAUCAGUGAAAAAGAUGGAAAGUUAGUGCGACAUGAAUUCCACUGAAACCCUGUGAUGAUGCGAGUGUUCUCCUCAGCGACUAGUGUUGUAAUGCCCAAUGAAGGAAAACGUGAAGUUGUUGACGGAGGCACAAAAAGCAGACGUUGAUUCUGAAUUCCCUUAAUACAGCUGAUGAAAUCUGUCCGCUGCUCAAACCUAUGAGCAACUUCAACUUCAACAUCAUAUUUCCUUCAUUCUCCUGGCGCUACACAGAAAAUGUUUAUGCUUCAUCCAUCGGCUCCUGUUUAAAGUCCCAGCAAGUAGAAGUCGAGACAAUGACAAUUGUAACACCGGUAGAAGUACAACAACUAACAGAGCUUUGCGCCGGGCCCAUGUUUUCUGUCAUCUUCCAUUUCUCUGAGUCCACACAACACACAUCUUUCACCACCGUCUUCCACUCACAACAUUCAUGACUUCCAUGUAUCACAAAUUGCAUGCAGUCUUGGUAUCUUAGUAUCUGUGCUCU